UGCCAGCCUUGCAAACAAAAAUUUUCUUAAAAUCGAGUAACCACCAAAAAUGGCCAGGCCGAAUUGGAAGUGCAAUUUGUGCUCGCGAUUUCUCAGUUCGAAUUCCAUCAAAUUGCACAAAACCUUCCGAAAGUGCAAAAAGUGCGGUUUGAAAUUGGCGUGCGGAGGAAAAGCCGCGAAACACAUUCUCCAGUGCCAGGGUAAAGAGCAUAAAGAAAUUAAAAGAGACAAGAUCGCAGUAAAAUGGAACGAAUGCGACAAAUGCGGCGAUUUUUACUCGUCUGCAAAAAGCCAUUUCGGAACGGCGUCGACCUGUUACAAAUGCAAAGUGAGAUUUGCAUGUCGGGGCCAAUGUCUUGAACAUCAACGUCUCAAGUGCUGCAAAGUUUUCAUUUGCAAUUUUUGCGGCCUAUUUUGCGUGACAAAAUCAAGACUGGAAACGCACGCCAAAGAGAGGAACUGUUCGAAUUGCGAUCACAUCAGUUGCUGUUUCAAUCUGUACAAUGGGCACGAAUGUGAGGAAAGUGACGAAGAAAAAAUUACAGAGGAAGAAAAUUUGCCAGUUUUGGCGGAAGAACCCGUCGUGAACCCCUUGCUGAUCAAAAAUUGCGCCUUUUGCAAUCAUUUGUGCAACUCGGCGGAAGAGUUUGAAUGUCACACCAGGAAGAUCGACUGUCCCCGAUGCGGAUUUGCCCAACCGUGCAACACCCUUUUGGCCCAUCACUUGAACGUGUGUCGUUUCGAGCAAGGAGAGUCGGAAAAAUUUCAGUGCGGCGAGUGCGAAAAGGUUUUCCCAAAGAGAAACAAACUCGAGUCGCAUAUGCGGCGCCGGCACGUGCAGCGUUCGAGUAUUUUGGAGGACGCGAAGACCAUUUUCGGAAUGAUGGAAAAGAAAAUUACAGAAACGGCAGAGAUGAAUAUUAUCAACAGAUUAUUUGUUAAGAAAGAACAUAUCCCUGUCGUUUCGAUUGAUGAUUAAAAAAAGUGUUCGUA